AUGAUUAUUGUGACUAUUGAGCUCAGUCCCUCGGGACAAAACGACGCUCAUCACGUGUCAUACAAGCGUUUCAGGAGGCGGAUCAUCCAGAGGAGCAGCAGAGAUGCUCCAGCUGUGAGUACACCUCUGGCCACUGCGGGGCAGUGUGAGCAAAGCUUUGAGUUGGAUACAGUCUGUCAGAGGCUGGAACUGGAUUCUCCACCGAGACGCCAUGAACCAGCACGGGGAGUCCCACAUGGAAACCUUCAAGAGACAGCGUUUGAGGGAGGCAUUUCUCACGGUGGGCCUGUUACACCCCCAGACAUGCCACACACCAUGUCUGCCAGUGAACUACCUGCCACAGGAAAUGCCCCAGAGCAGGGAUGGAUGUGGAGACCUGCAGGUCAAGAACAUGGAAAUGCACAUCAAACAGAUUCUGAUGAGAGAAGACGUGAUUUGCAGCCAUUUGCUGUUCUAUACAGAGCUACUGUCAGUCUGCAGGGAAAGUCAGCGAUGAAGUUGGCAGCACCGUCACUGAUGAACGACUACUACACUAAUGUUCUCGACUGCAGUUGUAAUGGUAUGAUUGCAUUAGCACUGGGAUCUUCUGUUUACCUUUGGAAUUCAGAAACCCAUGCUCUGGUGGGAUAUUUGGACCCAAGCCUACAUACAGAACGGGCAUACCAUCAGUCUGUCUCAUCUCUGUGCUGGAGCAGAGAUGGCAGAGCUCUCUGCAUUGGGACCAGGCGAGGGGAGAUACAGUUGUGGGAUGUUGAGAACAAGCAGAAAAUGAGGUGUCUACCACCACACCUGUCUGUGGUCGGAGGGCUUUCCUGGAAACAGCAGUUACUCAGCAGCGGCUCUGUCCUGGGACGUAUCCAUCACCUUGACCCUCGGGCUCCUGCACCUCUGGUAGGUGCAGCCGUCCAGAGGGAGGGGAUCUGCAGCCUUCAGUGGUCACCAGGAGAAGAAUGGCUGGCCAGCGGCUCCACAGGUGGUCACCUUCAUAUAUGGGAUAGUGACAUUGCAGGGCCCACAAGGUCAAAACAGCCAAUGACUACAAUGAAACAGCCAAGUGCUGUUAAGGCAAUGGGAUGGUGUCCAUGGCAGAGAAAGAUGAUCGCUACAGGAGGGGGGUGGAAAGAUGGGGAGCUGAGAAUCUGGGACACACAGGCAGGGACUUGUGUGACUUCUGCCAACACAAACUCACAGAUCUGUUCUCUACGAUGGGCUGAAAAGAAGAGAUAUCUGGUCACAGGUCAUGGCCUUCCUCAUAACCAAGUCAUUUGCUGGACCUGGGAGUUUCCCUCCCUCAAUCCAAUCAACCAGCUCACAGGUCAUUCUCAUCGAGUCCUGCACUUGGCCUCAAACCCUGAUGAUACUCAGAUUUUCUCCGCUGGAGUGGACCAGUGCUUUCAUAUCUGGAAUCUUUAACUGCCAGCAUCACACAGCAUGGACAGUGAAUGUUGCUGGCUUCUAGUCAGACCUAUGUUAAACAUGUUCAUGUACAUGUUGUCUUUCUUGGUAAUGUCACUGUGUAGACUUUGCACAUUUCCUGUCCCCUGCUCUGACCUAACCACAUUGUCAAGCCAUCUUACCGUCAAGUCAUCUUACCAUCAAGCCAAACCCACUAUCGUGCUAAGAUAGGUCACAUACCACAAUGUAACCACUUCUGUUGCUCCUUUAGAGUAAAAUAAUAAGUUGACUGAUUAAUAAUUAUGUUAUUUAAAUAGCACUUUACAUUCCAGGGCUGAGAAAGGAUAAGAAACAAUCACACCUAUAAAAACAACAGCAUAAAAAGACAGUUACAUGUAUAUGAAACCAUCCAUAAUGGAAAAAUACAAAUAAGGACAAAAACAAACAAAACUGGUGGUAACACAAUCGAACCUUAUAAUGCAAACAAAUAUGUCUAUAGUGAUCAGACAAGGUGGCGAGUCUGUAAAAAUGUGUCUUAAAGCAUGAUUCAGAGGCUCAAAAUUAGUUGUGGCUCCCACCUUACUGGGCUUAUGUGAAUGUACUUGACAUUUGGUGAUGUGUGUCCCUUUCCACAGUGAGCUGAGUGUGCCUGAAUUGCCAGAUCUGUGUGUUGAAAGAUGUCUCACUUGCUAUUAUGCAAUCAAAUAAAACUUGAGAGAAC